AUGCCAGUCCCUGCCGGCCUCGAAGGCCAGCGAUCCUUGAACAGCGCGAUUUUGCUGCGUAUCAUCGAGUCGCAUGUGCCUACUGCAGCACACACAGCGGAGCAAGAGGCGGCUUUGGCAAGUUGUCAUGAUAUACCCGUCAACGAGACGACCGAGGCAGCAGCGCGGCGUCUCCAGGGCUGGUAUCGUCGCGUCCGAACAUCGACGCACAUCAAGACGACUGCGGUACACUUGAUGACGCUCAUGCACCAUCUCGACCGGGAUCUGCUCCUUUUUUGGAAGCUGCUCCACGAAGGUGUUCGCGUUUGCAAGUACAAUGCCAAGCGGCAGGCGAAAAAAUGGAAGGUCAUCUCGCUCGACAAAGACGGCGAGCGGCUCAUCAUGCGCCCAUUGCACCGCACGAGCAUGCGCUUUCUCACCAAGUCCAUAUCGUUUGGUCGCCGGCGCGGCAUCACGGCCAAGUCAGAGAAGGGACUGUACCUUCGCGACAUUGCUGAAGCUCGCAUCGGCGCGCAGUCGGCGGGCUUUGCGCGCUCGACGCUCGAACCGAAUCCAGACCAGGUACCUGCCUUGACAAACCUCGAGCUUAAAACACGCAACUUGAAGUGCUUCUCGAUCGUCGGCUCGGAAGGAACAUGGGAUCUCGAGCUCACAACGACCGCCGCGCGGGACCAAGUUGUUGUGCGAUUGAGGGUUGUCUUGGACGUGCUUCAAGACAGCACGUCCCUUCUGGCAAGUCGCGAAUGGACGACACCCCACCACAAGGACGUGGUGUCUCUGGCGACCGCUGCGCACUUGUACAGUGUCUUGGCCACUGGCGUCGAAGUAACUCGGUUCGCAGCGUACUUGACGCCCGCGCGCAGCUACCUCUGGAUCAACCCAACGACCAAUCGUCUUUGCAUUGGCGACAGCAAGCUCCGUGUCUUCAAGAGCGUGCUUCUCAGCGACGUGGCCGAGGUCCGAAAAGGCGUCAACAGCAUUGCUUUUUUCAAUUUGUCGACACCGCCGCCCGCGUCCGAGUGCUGUUGUUUCAUUGGCUCGGAAAACGUGCUCGAGUGCCGCGUCACCGACGAGGCGGCGCGCAAUGCGCUCAUUUAUGCCCUCCGCGAUCUCUUGCAUUUCAUGCGAAGCCAUCCAAACAUGAAUGCGACGCCGUAUCGCGCGACAGACAUUGCCGCGGCGCUGGCGAACAGACCUUAG